CCAAUGAACGUUCACGAUCGCUUCCGUAACGCGUUUCUGGUAUUUAAACGUCAUUUUUUUGGAUCGUUUCCCGUCUUUCUCUCGCACUAUACAAGCUCUGUUUAUUUAGUUGUUGCUGUUUGUCAUUGAGGAUUUUCAACUACUGAGAGCCAGAAUGACGACCUGCGGUCUCGUGACUAAAGAAAAACAUCCAGUUCCUCUGAAGAGCAUCAGUGUUGAGGUGCAGGUGAAGAGUCAUGUAGCCACAGUCACCUCCACUCUGCAGUAUGUGAAUGAGGAAGAGCGCCACCUGGAGGCCUUGUUUGUGUUUCCUCUGCCUGCUGAUGCUGCUGUCUGUCACUUCAGUGCCAAGAUCGGAGAUCAGGAGAUUGUGGCAGAGGUUCAAGACAGACAAACUGCGAGGGAUCAGUAUGAUGAUGCUGUGAGUUCGGGUCAGCAGGCGUUUCUGUUGGAAGAAAGUAAAGAAAGUUCUGAUGUGUUCAGUCUGAGUGUUGGGUGUCUUUCACCGGGUCAGAACGCUGACAUCACCAUCACAUACAUCACUGAGCUCUCUGUGCAGGCCGACCACUCGCUGCGCUUCUGUCUGCCUGCUGUACUCAACCCCAGAUACACACCAGCAGGUUCAGAUGCUGGAAUAGUUUCAGGGAUUUCGUCAUGUGUCUCUGUUCCCUACACUUUAACUCUUAGUGUUCAUGUGAGCUCUCCAAACCCCAUCUCCAAACUAGAGUCCAACUGUACUCUGGAUCCUCUUGUGUUCCUCAACUCUGAUCACACUCAGGCAACGGUGAAUCUGAGUUCUGGUCACAAGUUUGAUAAAGAUGUUGAGUUGUUUCUGUACUAUCAGAAUACCCAUCAGCCCACUGCUAUAGUGGAGGCAGGAGUGACCACUGCAAAACCAGGUUCUCUGAUGAGUGACCCAGUGGUGAUGAUAAGUUUGUACCCAGAGUUCCCAAAGGAAGUGAUGUCAUCAUUAGCAACUCGAGGCGAGUUUAUUUUUGUGAUUGACAGAUCAGGCAGUAUGGGCUGUAUGAUGCAUAAUGGGGAAGGAGCACAGAUCCGUAUAGAAAGCGCAAAGGAAACUCUGCUGUUACUGUUGAAGAGUCUGCCCAUGGGCUGUUAUUUUAAUAUCUAUGGAUUUGGCUCUCAUUUUGAGUCCUUCUUCCCUCAGAGUGUUGUGUACAAUCAGGACACAAUGGAUCAGGCACUGAAGAAAGUCAAUGAAAUGACAGCAAACAUGGGCGGCACAGAGAUUUUACAGCCUCUCAAACAAAUCUACAGUCAAGCCGGUUACCCUGAACACCCCAGACAGCUGUUUGUCUUCACUGAUGGAGAGGUGGGGAACACUAAAGAGGUUCUGGAUCUUGUGAAACUUCAUGCUAAAUCUCAGAGGUGUUUCUCAUUUGGGAUUGGUGAGGGUGCAAGUACCGCCCUCAUCACAGGAAUGGCCAAAGCGGGAUCUGGACACGCCCAGUUCAUCACAGGCACAGACCGCAUGCAACCCAAAGUGAUGGAGUCUCUCAGGUUUGCUCUUCAGCCUGCAGUGAACAAGAUCUCAGUACAGUGGAAAGUACCAGAUGGCAUUACUGUUGACACGCUGUCUCCACCCAUCAAUGUGCUCUUCCAGGGUCAAAGGUCACUCAUUUAUGCCCAACUUAAAGGACAGAGUUCAGAAAGCUCUGAAGGAUCAGUGAUAGUUCAAUACAACCUGAAAGAUCAACCAGUGACAAACCAGCUUCACUUCUGCCUUAAACCAACUGAGGACACUGGGUUGUCCAUCCACCGUCUGGCGGCCCGGUCUCUGAUCCGCUGUCUGGAACAGGAGGAGAGGACAGGAGGUGUUGAUGUGGAGGAUAUCAAGAGGAGGAUGGUGGAGAUCAGUGUUGAAGCAGGAGUUAGCAGUGUUCAUACAGCCUUCAUUGCCAUUAAUAAACACAACAGAGAGGCUGUGAAAGGACCUCUGAUACAGAGAAGAGUACCAACACAAGGUUUAAGGCCCAUGGUGCCUAAAGCAUGUAAAAUGAUGUCUGUGUCGAACAGGCCUAUGCCUACAGGCUGUGCAAGGAGGUCCGUGCCGAACAGGCCUAUGCCCAUGAUGGCUAAUGCAUGUGCAAGAGAUAUGAGCGCAGAAGUUCCCGUCAGGGCAAAGAUGUUAGAUACAAACAUUGUCAGCAUGGAGAAACUUGAAAGAGCUUCGAUGCCGAAAAGACAAGAACCUGAUCUCCAUAAGGAUCCUUUACUUCAGCUAAUUUCUCUUCAAAAGGCUUCAGGCUGCUGGGAACUGAACGCUGCUUUGGCCCAAGUGUUUGGAAAGACUGAAGAUGAGCUGACCAAUCAGAAACCAGCACAGGUGGAUGGGUCAGUGUGGGCCACUCUUCUGUCUCUCAUCUGGUUAUACGGCUAUAAAAUACAGCAACAGAUUGAGUGGCAGUUUGUGGCCAUGAAGGCGGCGUCAUGGAUCGGCUCUCAGAACGUGGUCAGUCUGUCUCAGUGUGUGUGUGAUGGGAAUCAUCUACUGGGAUGUCAGGUGAAAGAAGAAACUUUGGGAAUCUGAAGAGUGUUUCUACUUCCUGUGAUGUCAGAAGGCAUUUAAUCCAUAUUAUUAGCUCUAAGGGGUCAUAUUAUGAUAAAUCAUAUAUUGUUCAAAUAUUUUCAUUUAUCCAUGGGGAUACAAUUUGGUGCUUUGCAACUUCACUACAGUUUUUAGAAAACCUUCUCUCUGGUCCAACGGGUGUGGGAAAAGGUUAUGAAAUAUAAAAUAUGACUGAUUUGAUGCAAAAAAAAUAUUUGUUUAAUUAACCACUUAUUUUAAAAAGAGUCUUUCUUCCUGAAUGAAAUGGUAAAUAUAUAUAUAAAAAUACUAAAUUUAUAUAUAUAUAAAAAAAUAAAAAAUACUGACAUAUU